AUGUUAGCUUUUAUGUACAGUCAAGCAGUCAAAGAUAAAAUACAGUACCGUCAGGCAGUCAAAGAUAGAAUACAGUACAGUCAGGCAGUACAAGAUAAAAUACAGUACAGUAAGGCAGUCAAAGAUAAAAUACAGCACAGUCAGGCAGUCAAAGAUAGAAUACAGCACGAUCAGGUAGUCAAAGAUAACAUACAGUACAAUCAGGCAGUCAAAGAAAGAAUACAGUACAGUAGGCAGUCAAAGAUAGAAUACAGCACGCACGGUCAGGCAGUCAAAGAUAGAAUACAGCACGAUCAGGCAGUCAAAGAUAGAAUACAGCACGGCCAGGCAGUCAAAGAUAGAAUACUGUACAGUCAAGCAGUCAAAGAUAGAAUACAGCACGGUCAGGCAGUCAAAGAUAACAUACAGUACAGUCAUGCAGUCAAAGAUAGAAUACAGUACGGUCAGGCAGUUCAAGAUAUAAAACAGUACGGUCAGGCAGUCAAAGAUAGAAUACAGCACGGUCAGGCAGUCAAAGAUAAAAUACAGUACAGUCAGACAGUCAAAGAUAGAAUACAUCACGGUCAGGCAGUCAAAGAUAGAAUACAGUACAGUCAUGCAGUCAAAGAUAGAAUACAGCACGGUCAGGCAGUCAAAGAUAGAAUACAGCACGGUCAGGCAGUCAAAGAUAGAAUACAGCACGGUCAGGCAGUCAAAGAUAGAAUACAGCACGGUCAGGCAGUCAAAGAUAGAAUACAGUACGGUCAGGCAGUCAAAGAUAUAAAACAGUACAGUCAGACAGUCAAAGAUAGAAUACAGCACGGUCAGGCAGUCAAAUAUAAAAUACAGUACAGUCAGACAGUCAAAGAUAGAAUACAGUACAGUCAGAUAGUCAAAGAUAGAAUACAGCACGGUCAGGCAGUCAAAGAUAGAAUACAGUACGGUCAGGCAGUCAAAGAUAUAAUACAGCACGGUCAGGCAGUCAAAGAUAUAAAACAGUACGGUCAGGCAGUCAAAGAUAGAAUACAGCACGGCCAGGCAGUCAAAGAUAGAAUACAGUACAGUCAUGCAGUCAAAGAUAACAUACAGUACAGUCAGGCAGCCAAAGAUAGAAUACAGUACAGUAAGGCAGUCAAAGAUAUAAAACAGUACGGUCAGGCAGUCAAAGAUAGAAUACAGCACGGUCAGGCAGUCAAAGAUAGAAUACAGCACGGUCAGGCAGUCAAAGAUAGAAUACAGUACAGUCAUGCAGUCAAAGAUAGAAUACAGUACGGUCAGGCAGUCAAAGAUAGAAUACAGCACGGUCAGGCAGUCAAAGAUAGAAUACAGCACGGUCAGGCAGUCAACGAUAACAUACAGUACAGUCAUGCAGUCAAAGAUAGAAUAUAG